UAUGCAAAUUCAGAGUGCACACAAUCUGGCAAUAGAAAAGGGGAGAUACAUGAACCCUAAAAUACCGAUAGAGAAAAGGCUAUGCACAACAUGGGCAACAUGUGCUCAGUUGAAGAAGAGUUCCAUUUUUCUGAAGAUAUGCCCCCGUUAUGCUCCAGUGAGAGCCUUAUAUUUUAACCAGGUUAGAGAUAUACUGGGCAGUGCAGCCCCUGAGUCCAUCAGUGAACUAUUUCUUACCAUACUGUAAUGUAAUGAUUUUGAUAUCGCAAAAUGCACAACUGACUUUCUUGGUGAUUGUUUUAAAGCUAGUGAUAUGAAAAUUGCAUCUAUGCUGAAUAAAACCUAGAUAAACUGACGAUGCAUAUCUCAAUAGUAAGUUUAAUAUGAGGUUUAGUGUAGCCUAUUCUAGUUGAAUUAGGGUUUGUUUUUUUUUUUCUUCACCUCUCUUUCCUUUCCCUGCAUUAGUUUAGACAUGAUAUUGUGUAUCUAACUGUUUACGGCCAGUCAAAUUAACAACACCUGUCAUCACACGCAUUGCCUUGUUUUCACACAAGAAAAUGGCAGGGAUUUUUUGUAUUGCAUUUGCAGCCUUGUGCUGUGUAUAAUACAGAUGUUGCAAACUGGCAAUGGCUAGCCAAUGGGGCUGAGAAGAUGAUGACUACACAAGCGUUAUGUUGUGGCUUUUUGGUAUUUAGUGGGACCAGAGCACGACGACACUCCAAGACCGUGACACCUUCUACAUGUCUAUAACUGGGACGAGUGGUUGCGUUUGACGUCACGUGCAAAGAGUAAAUUAGUAUUACAAAAAAUAUUAAAGCGGCAGUAGGAUACUAAUGAUAGAGAAAUAAUGAAGUGUGGAUUAUGUUGCUGUUGUCUUGUGAUCCCCAUUGCUGUUUCCAUAGUAAUCGCGCUUGUCUUGACGGGUUUCCUUGACGAUGACCCCAAUCCCCCAGAGAUUCAAGAUGGUUGGUGGGGAAAAGGUGAAAAGACAGAAGAUGACCUGUCCUUGAAGGGUAUCAAAAUAAUGGUGACAGAUAGCAUAAUUGAUGACUUAAAGGAGAGAUUGAGCAAGACGAGAUACUUUGACAGCUUGGAAGAUGCCAACUUCAAUUAUGGCUUUAGUGUGGACUAUAUGAAAGAGGUUGUAAAAUACUGGAGUGAGAAAUAUGACUGGAGAAAAGCAGAACUUGAACUGAAUGAAUAUAAACACUAUAAAACUCAGAUUGAAGGAAUAUUUAUUCACUUUGUACAUAUCAAACCUGAUGUCAAAGAGCAAGAUAUUGUUGUCCGCCCACUGUUGCUUGUUCAUGGAUGGCCAGGAUCAUUUUAUGAGUUUUACAAGAUGAUUCCACUUCUGACCAAACCUCAGAAUGGGCUUGUCUUCGAACUGGUGUUGCCAUCUAUUCCAGGAUAUGGUUUUUCUGAAGCAUCUCAUAAGCAGGGUUUUGAUCAAGUUGACACAGCCAGAAUAUUUCACAAACUGAUGACUCGCUUGGGACAUCAGUCCUAUUAUGUGCAGGGCGGGGACUGGGGAGCAGCCAUUACUCAGUAUAUGUCAAUCUUAUAUCCACAGUCAGUGCUAGGACUGCAUUCGAAUAUGUUCCAAAUGGAAAUGGGUGGAAAAGCUCUCUUGAAAUUUUUCAUUGCUGCAAUGCUGCCAUCUGCAAUUUUAGAAGAGCAGGAUAUACCGAAAAUCCAUCCAAUAUGGGACAAGCUGGCGUUCAUUCUGAAUGAAGUGGGCUAUGCAUUUCUUCAAUUCACCAAGCCUGAUACUAUAGGAAUGGCUCUUUCGGAUUCACCAGUAGGUCUUGCAGCAUAUAUCUUAGAGAAGUUCUCCACUUGUACCAACCCUGGGCAUAGAGACUUGCCUGAUGGUGGUCUGACAAAGAAGUUUACCCUGGAUGAGCUGUUGACCAAUGUGAUGAUCUACUGGACCACCAAGUCUGUCACGUCAUCAAUGAGGCUCUACAAGGAAAGGGUUUGGAGUGACCAGACUAGUGAUAUGGGCAGGUACAAAGUCCGGGUACCAACAGGCAUAGCAUAUUUUCCGCAUGAAAUCCCCUUUGGUUGUGCGCCUCUCCUGUUCACCACAAAUGCCAAGCACCUCCUCCAGUACACAAAUAUGCCCACUGGCGGCCAUUUUGCAGCUUUUGAGGAACCGCAGUUGUUAGCAGCAGAUAUCUGGAAAUUUGUUGAGAAAGCAGAAGAGUUUCAUAAAAAACACAAUGCAGAUUCUAAUACUUAACAUUUGUGAUAUUUUGGGGCAGUUUAAGCUUUAUGGCAAUAUAUUUUUUUAAAAUUUAUUUCCUCAUUGAUUUUUAUUUAUUUAUUUUCUCUUUUUUUAGAAAGUUAUGUGUUAGACAUUUUAUUAUCAAUAUUCUUUUGUUUUUUUUUUUUUUAUUUCACUUAAGCAUACGUACAUACCAGGAGUGGAUUCAGGCUGUCUUCUGGUUCUUCCAAGUUUAUAUGAACGAGUAACUAAUUUUUUUCUGUCAGAAGACGGUCACUUAUAAAGAAUGGAUUAACAAAGAUAAUUUGGAAGACUGUCAUAAAAUAUCUCUGGAUCAGCCCCUACAUACAUGCAUACUUAUAUUCAUACAUACACAAAUAUACCUUUUACUUAUUUUAUUUGUAUCACUGAUUUGGCAGCUAGAGUAGAUUACCUCUAAGACUAAUUAAGAGCCCUGUGUGGUUACUGUGACAUAAUUACAUGCAAAUUACUGAUGCAUCCAAACAACAUAAGAAUUCCAUAAAAUAUAUGUAUCAUAUCUGAUAUAUGUAUCAGACAUAUAUAUGAAUACUUAUCCAUACAACAUCUGUGUUAUCAUAAAGAAGAGGAUGCAUUAUCAUUAUCAAUGUUUUUGUAAUAAUUUGUGUUUAAACAAAUCAUUUUAACAUUCAUAAUUAAUUAGUGAGAAAUUAGCUAGUAUAUAAGUUAUUAAAGUCAUUAUAAUUGAUAUUAUCAACUAAUCAAGUAUAUUUUACUUUUAAAUUGAUAUACAUUAACUUACACAUUGUAAAUAGCACAGGCAGUUAUAUAUCCUCAUCAAGUUUAGUCUCAAAAGCAUCCGCACAUAUAUAUGAUCCACUUUUGGUACAGAUUGACAGUGACAGUUUUUAACAUUGAUAAUAUUUUUGCAUGAGGUAUAUAUGAAGCAUUCAAACAAACUCAUCUCUAAAACAGUGUACAUACUGUUUACUUCAGUAUGUGAUACUGUAGAUAUUAAUGGAUAUUGAAAGCUCAACAUCAUACAUUAAGCUCUAUUUUGCAGAUUUUAUACAUGUGGUUGAAUGACAUAAUUAUGCCUCUUUGUAUCUUUUUGAGUUUCAUAUUUCAAAUGUCUCAAAUUUACAUGUAUUUCAAGAAAUAUGUAUUUGUGCAUUGUUUUUUCCCCCCAUAUCUUGGUUGCAUUUAUUAAUCUAAUUCAUCUUAAAAGAUUUAAGAUUUCAAGGAGUGGUCAUUUUGACCUUUAUAAAUGUCCUCAAAAUUUUGCAGUUGUAAGUUUUAUCAUAUGUGCAUUAUAAAACAAACAUAUACAGGUAGCUACAUGUAUAGAUUUGUACUGUAUGCCCAAGCAAAGCCAAUUAAGGGUCUUAUUUCCUUUCACUGGACCCUAUUUUUUAGUACUUCAUGAGGGACUAUAUAUAGUGCAGUAUAUUAUAUUAUAUGUUCUCUUUGUUUUAUUUUAUCCAAUUAUCUAUCCAGGCAUUUAAGCAAGAACUUUUGAUUUGCUGAUAAGUACUUACAGUAUAGUAGUACAUACAUACAGUUUUAGUACAGUACAGUACAUACUGAGUACUCUGUAUGAUUGGUAAUGUACAGUACUGUAUGUGCAUUUCAAGAGUUAGAAAAUGAGAAACAUACAAAAAUAUAAACAAAUAAAAUAAAAUUGACAAAUUAAUAAACUUAAACAAUUGAAACGAUUUUUUCAAAUAUAUGGCUAAAUAAAUUUAUUUACAGAAAGA